GUGUGUGUGUGUGUUUGAGUGAAUAUACUUUCCGUGAUGGACAUUUUUGAAGGAAUCCACCGUGUGCAGCUCUCCUGCUCUCCUCCUGCACGGUCCCGGUCUGUCCCAGGGUACGAGCUGCUGGUGGCAGGGAAUUCUGGGAUAGCAGUGUACUCCUCACCUACGUUCUUCGGGAAUGCCGAUCUUACGGAUCAGCACACAGCAGAGGAAGAGAGAUGUCCGGUCGGGAGAUUGGUCGACCUGGAGCCAGAGCCGAGCCCCGGAUUGGGGGGUGAUGGGGGGCAGAGGAAGAAGAAGCCCCCGGAGGAGGCAGGAGCACACAGACACGAGACCUACGACAUGUCCCGUCUGCGGAGUUCCUCUCUGGAGAUCAAGGAGAAGGGAACAGAGUUCCUCAGAGACCAGCUGGAUGCUGCACAGAAGGAGCUGAAGCUGAAAGACGAGGAGUGUGUCAGACUGGCUCAUGUCAGGAAUCAGCUCGAGCUGGAACUGGAGGAACUGACCGCCAGUCUGUUUGAGGAGGCUCAUAAGAUGGUGCGAGAGGCCAACGUGAAGCAGGCGGCGGCGGAGAAACAGCUGAAGGAGGCGCAGGGCAAGAUUGACGUCCUGCAGGCGGAGGUCUCUGCUCUGAAAACCCUGGUGUUGACUUCUACGCCCUCCUCCCCGAACCGCCAGCUCCACCCUCAGCUGCUGUCUCCGGGCUCCAGCCGGGCCCGGGGCCACACGCGCAACAAGAGCGCCAGCGGAGCCCUCCAGCUGCAGGCGGAGCCACUGCCGACCGACGCAGCGACAAACCGGGAGGACAGAGAGCUGGACUCGGUGUUGUUCGCGGAGUUCCUCUCGUGGAAGGAGAAGCCGGGUCUGGACCGCUCCUCGGCGUUCAUCAGCAGGGUGUUCAGGGAAGAUAUCGGACCCUGCCUCUCAUUCACAUGUUCUGAGUUGUCUCAGUCUGUCCAGUGCGCGGUGGAGAACAACUCUCUCACCAUCGAGCCUGUAGCGAUGUCGUCGCUGCCCACGGUCAAAGACAUCGAGUGUGGAGGACCCAACGGUUGCCGGACACCGAUAGAAACUAAAUGUGCGUUGAGCGGGAUGUCCCGCCCCUGCCGACAUCGCAUCAAACUGGGAGAUAAAGAGAAUUACUACUAUAUAUCUCCGUCUAGCAGAGCGCGGAUCACAGCGGUGUGUAACUUCUUCACUUACAUCAGGUACAUCCAGCAGGGCCUCGUCAGACAAGAUGUUCAGCUGAUGUUUUGGGAAGUGAUGCGUCUGCGGAGAGAGAUGAGUGUGGCCAAACUGGGAUAUUUCCUGACGGAGGAGAGCUAGAGAACCAGAAAAACACAGAAACACAUCUCAACAUUCACUCACACACUCCUCCCAUGACGGCGUUUGAUAGCUACAUAUUCAGGGAAACACUACAGAAGAAUUCCCAGAAUGCCUCUUUCCCCCUGAGCCAAUGGAAUAACAGCAUUACAGUUCUACUGUUGACAAGGUUCUGUUAUUUUAGCUUUUGGUAAAAC